AUGGUCGAUCCGCCUGCUCGCGUCUCGCGUGACAGAGGCGAUCCUUCGAUCUCCGCACCACCCCGCCGCCUCGGCAUGGCGGCGGAGCAGUGCGGCGUGGCGGCUGGGCAUCGAAAUGAUAGGCCUGUGCGAGGCCCGCUGGGCAGGUCAGGGCGGCGGGAUCGGGGCGAAGCGCCCCGCCAUUGCGGGCCUGCGCGCUCGCCAUGUGGGUCCAGAGCGAGGCGGGAUUGGCCGCGCCGCCACCGCGCAACCAAUAAUGAUGGAAGGGUACCAGCCCCAGCGCCCGGCCGAUACUGCCGAACGCGUGGAGAUAGCCGCUGCCCUCGCCCAACCAGCCCUCAAGCGGAUGCCCAGCUUGAAGCUGCCGUUCGCGGAUGCCGGGGAUCGUCGCUCGCCCACCCCGACCGUGCCGAUCGCGUCGGACUCGAUCAGGGUGAUGCGGGUGCCGACGGGCACGAACCGCGCGCCAAUGCCGCCGCCGUCAUCCACCUGGCGGUGCUGCCCCGACGAUCACCACACGCUGCUGGGCAAUAUGGCGGGCGAUUGGUCUGCGGUGGGGCGGGCGGCCGCGGCGUCUCUUAUUCGGGAUUCCGGCCGCCGGAGGUUGGGGAAACCGGCGCGGGAAGGGGUAUCCAAGCGAUAGGUAAAUCCGGCGGGGAAGCGGCGGCCAUAGCUCUGAUAAUCGAUCACCUGAUCGCGCUGCCCGCCAUUGGUGGUGACGAACGGCGUAUCGGUCAGGUUCUGGCCUUGCAGGAAGAGCGACAGGCCCUUGAACGUGCCCUGCUGGAAGUCAUAGCCGAUCUGGCCAUCGACGAUAGUUUCGUCGAUCGCGCGGCGACGGACGCGGUUGGCGCCGAAACCCGACAACUCACCCACGAAGGUCGAGCGAUACCGCACCGAUCCCCGGAUGUUCAGGCCCCACUUCUCGAAAUAGGCGGUGCCGUUCGCCACCCAGCGCGAAUAGCCAGGGAAUGUCUCACGGGUCGCCGCCGCGGGGACGGCGCCGAAGCCGUCGAGGAAGCCGACCAACUGGCCCAGCGGCAACGUGCCCGCCAGCUCGACGCCAUAGAUCUUGCCGCCCGAACCGUUGAUCGGUCGGUUGAUCCGUCCCUGCGUCGGCGUGCCGAUCGGAACCGCGGCGGGCAGGGGCAGGCCGGCAUAGUCAAGGCUGCUCAAGAUUGUAAACGAAGCUCUUGA